CGAACCACGUACGGGAAGUCGGGGGGGAUAAUCAGCUGGAAUCCGCGGAAAUCAUCAACAGGAAUAUUUUCCUUAACUUAGCGAGCUAUCCGUCUUGUCCACUUCUAUUUCUCAUUUCCUUCCCGUUUGCUGUCAAAACGCCAGCCUGGCGAUGUCGGAAUCAUACGAUUUCCUGUUUAAAUUCCUGGUUAUUGGGAAUGCUGGAACGGGCAAAUCCUGUCUGCUGCACCAGUUCAUAGAGAAGAGAUUUAAGGAUGAAUCCAACCACACAAUUGGAGUAGAGUUUGGCUCUAAGAUCAUCAAUGUGGUCAACAAAAUGGUCAAACUGCAGAUUUGGGACACUGCAGGACAAGAAAGGUUCAGGUCUGUUACCAGGAGUUACUACAGAGGUGCAGCAGGAGCUCUGCUGGUCUAUGAUAUCACAAGUCGAGAGACCUACAACGCUUUGACCACAUGGCUGACUGAUGCCAGGAUGCUGGCCAGUCAGAACAUCGUCAUCAUCCUUUGUGGAAACAAGAAGGACCUGGAUGCGGACAGAGAGGUCACGUUCCUCGAGGCUUCACGCUUUGCUCAGGAGAACGAGCUAAUGUUCCUGGAGACCAGCGCUCUAACAGGAGAGAACGUUGAAGAGGCUUUUGUCCAGUGCGCUCGGAAAAUCCUCAACAAGAUAGAGUCAGGGGAGCUGGAUCCAGAGAGGAUGGGUUCGGGUAUCCAGUAUGGCGACGCUGCACUACGACAGCUGCGUUCUCCUCGUCGUGGUCAGCCACAGGGCACCCAGGAGUGUGGCUGCUAGUGGACGUGCCCAAUAACGCACGCAGACAAGGUGAAAGGGCCAGUGGGCUUGGACUGUGUGUGUACUACGUAAGAUGCUGAUAUUAAUUAUGCCACAUAAUAAGGUUUUUCCUUAAGAGUGCCAGAGCUUAUGAGCUGCUUGAAGUGACUUGACAUUCUGCUCGUUGCUCUCAGCGCUUUGCAUCUGCUGCACUCAGCCACUCCUCGUCUGCUGUCGCUCAUCUUCAGAUUGACCCCAGUCUGAAUACAAAGUGGAGGGAUGGUUCUUUUUUCUAAGAGCAUUUUUAAUUUUGUCGAAAACCUAUUUAUUUUGCUUCAUCAUGAAUAAAUGUGAGAGGAAGCAUCUUUGAGAUGCCCUCAUUACAGUUCUUCUGGAAGAUUAACAUGCCGGUAAUCAUUUACCAGUCACUGAAAGGAUAAGGCUGUAUUUAUUCUAUAUUUUGUUUUUUUCAACUAGACCAAUACUAUUCCCCAGCUUGUCUGGCUCUAAGCUCCAUAUCCAUAUGUUGCUAUUGAAGACUUAAAUCUUCACACAAGAGUACUUAUUUCAUCAAGUAAGAGGCUAAAUACUUUCAUAAAACAGCUGGGCACUGUAGACUUUAGGAACAAGAAUAAAUAGGGUAUUUUUAGGGACUAUUACCAGCCUCCGCAGCAAACCACCGUCAUUAUGAAGAUGUGUGUCAGCCAGUGCAAUGCUCUCUGAUAUGCUUUAAUUGUUUUUGGAUCACAAUAAAGUCCACAACAGAGAGCAAUAAGCUAUUCUUCCCCCAAUAAUGAUUUGAUAAGAGUUGCUCAUCGGGUCAAAAUUGUCAAUAAUAAAUCAUUUGUCGAUAAGUCAAAAUUAAGUGAUUAUGUUUAUGUCUCUCUUUGUGCGUGUGACUAGUGUGUUUCUGACGGGUUUGUGAAGACCAGGAGGAGAACAGCCAUAAGGUAACCAGGGUUCAGGUUGCUAUGCUGGUGACUCCUCUCUGACCUUUGACCUUUCAAACCAAUCUUCAGCACCUUUGUUGUUAUGGCUGCACCUCCCAGCCCCCCUCAGAACUCUGAGCAUCUCCAAGGUAACCAGAGACAGCCCAACCUUCAACUUUCUGCUCCACUAUUGGACGAGACCUUUCCUCGCCCUCCAAUCAGGAUGUGCAUUACUGACAUGUACGGAACUUCUCUCUCUCUCUCUCUCUCUCUGUGUCUCUCUCUCUCUUUUCCGCCCUUACACCUGCUGACUUCCCAUCUCAGUUUUCUCCUGUAUCACUAUUCCCAUAUACCUUCAAUCUGGAAUACUUAAAAGACCAGUGUGUAGGCUUUAGAAAGAUCUGUUGGCUCAAAAAAAACUAAAAUGAAUUAUUAUGCUUUCAGUAUUUUGUUGCAACCUCAAAGCGAGAUCUUACUAAAUCCUACCCACUUUAAAGGAAAAGGUUCCAUUUUUGGGUAAAGAAAUAUUUUUGUGAUUAGACGGCUUUUAAGGCCAACAUUGGUAGGUGGAUUUUUGAAUUGUGGAUCUAGCCAGACUAACCUGGUCUGCUUCUUUGCCUCUUGGCUCCAGAUGAAUACUUGAUACAUAGACAUAAGGUAUCAAUCUUCUCGCAUAACUCUUGACAAGAAAACACAUUUUAAAAACUAUUUCUUUAACCACAUGCAUAUCCAAAACCCCUCUACUAUGGAACUUCUCUUUGCUACCCACCUGCUCUGACUUCCUGCUUUAAACACACCACAAACAGCCUACUGACUGCAUCAGUACUCCCUGUAUCCUUUCUUACUCACUUACUCUCCCAGUAAAGUAUCUCUGAAUCUCCUAUGUCACCCCACAGCAUCUUGUACACUGUACAAUGUUUCUGUAUAUAGAGACUGACGCAUGUUUUCUCAAACAAAAUAUCAGAGUAUUUCAUUAUGAAGAGAUAUUAUAUGUAUAUUAAAGUAGAUAUCAUAUCCAACAUCAGUUUUAUGCUCCACUGUAUUAAUAUCAUGUUUAGCCACAAUACACUGGCAAUUUGUAAGCAGUAUAAAUGGGCAGUACUGUUUGCAGCAAUUAUGUUUAUUUCUAAAUGGGACAAGCUGAUGUGGAUUACAUUAUGGACUGUUUUAUCAAGCUCAUAGAUUGCAAAAAAAGAUAUAUAUUGUGAGCAAUGGUUUAUUUAAAUAAUUUGUGUGAAAGUCACAGCAUCUUUUAAUUUACAGCAUGUUCAGCAUUUACCAUUCAGUUAAAUGACUUGUGUGACAGUGAAACACACUCCUUUACCCAAAAGAUUCCAAUAAUGACUCAUUAAUAAAUGAUGCCUGUUUACAUGAAUACCUCGCCGACUGCUGCCGGCUGUGGGAUAACACUAACUGAAUGCAUUUUAAGUUUGAGCAAUCAUAUGAAACUAUCUGAUGUGUGUUUGAUUUUUAUUUGUCCCCAAAGAUACUUUAUGUUCAGUUCAGCCACAGGAAACUCUCGACACAAAACAAUUCAACUGGGGAAUUAGAUAUAGGAGUGUUUUACAUAGGUGUGUAUUCAAACAUCACAACAACACUUUUGUGUUUUUAAUCUUUAGAACAUUUACGACCCAUGACAAUUAUGCAUUACACGUUGAAAUCAAGCCCACUUCAAACUGUAGAAAUAUUUAAUAUUAGCAUUCAUCUGAUAGUGGCUGCGGCUGCUCCACAUCAGGACGCCGUCUUGUGUUUAUGUCCUUUGUCUAUUUAUGGAUGUCUGUUUUUCUCUUGUCAUUAUGAAUAUCAUGGAUUUUUAAUUUAUUGUGUAUGAUAAAAGCAUAUGUUUUUAAAAUAAAAACUACAACAAA